GAACCAUGUGAUAUAGCAUGGUGGUAAAUGGGUUGCAGGCAGGGUAAAGGUGCACAGGGAAAUAACCUUGCAGGGCGUUCCUCCCUCCUCGGGGAGCAGAGUCUCUGGGCAGCGCAGAUCCCCGUGGGUCCGACAGCACCUCGGCCUUAAUGCCUGCACAAGUUUUGGGGGCUCUCUGAAACCCACAGAAAGCAGGAAUGUCUUUUAGCAGAAGGAACUGGUCUCAUCUCUCCAGCCUGGCCAGGCAGAGGACCCUUGAGGAUGAAGAAGAGCAGCAAAGAGAGCGCCGGCGAAGGCACCGGAGCCUGCUGUCCUCCACAUCAACAGAUGAAGGACCUCCUAGCCCUGUGAAAGACACCAGUCCAGCUUCCAGCAGACCGCAAUCCCUGGUGAAGCUGGUGCCUCCGGAGGACAGGGAAGACCAUAAGCUCUCGGAGGUGCUGAAGACACAAGAAAGGAAAUGGACAAGGUCCCCGAUGGCCAUCUCUGAAAAGUUGAGGCAGGAGAAGGAGCAGCAGGAGCCAGGGGUGGGAACAAGCCGGGUGGAGUCAGGGACACAGCUACGCAGGGGACAGGAGAACAUCCAGUCUGGAGAGAGGGAUCAGGAUGUGACCAAGGGCAGAGGGGACCCACCAGGAGACCAGCACCCAGAGCCGACCUCAGAGAGGAAGGUGGUGGUGAGGGGACGGCUCCAGGACAAAGAGGGACAAGGUGUGGGGACGCCUCGGGGAGAGCAGAGGAAGGAGGUGGGGGAGCCGCAGCAACGGGCAUCACCGGAGCUCGGGGGCUGCCGGCUCCGCGAAGUGAAGAUCCUGACCAGACAGGGAAGCCGCAGCAUGGAGGAGAAGACAGCCUUGGUGGUGACCUCGUCUCCGGACCAGCAGCAACCAUCCAGGAAUCCCUCAAAGGAGGUAAUACAGCUGCCUCCCACCCAAGAUGAACCUGCAGAGAAGUCAGAUACUUCUCCAACUCACAUCACCUACAGCAGCUCCAUCAGACGAACCAGCCCAAGAACUGUCUCCUUUCGGGUGAUCUCAAGAAAACAGAAAGAAGAAAGCCAAAGCCCUCUCACAAGGAGUGCAAGUCUGAGGAUCCCAGGUAGCAGCACCACCAUUGGGGAGAAGCUGGAAAAGUACACCUCAGCCGUGCAGCGCUCGGAGGUGGUGAAAUCGUCCCUGGCGGUUCAGAAGAGCCUCUUGCUGUCCUCAGAGGGGGUGGCCAGCAAGCGCAACUUCUUUGAGGCGAGUGCUCCCAGCAAGUCUGAACCACUGGCUGUCAGAAAGGACAAUCUGAAGAUCCCAGGAUCGGUGACAUCUCGCAUUAAUCUGUGGAUCAGCCGAACUCAGGAACCUGCCAAGGAGGAAAAGAGCAAGGACAUCAGGAAAAUAAACAGCCUGCCAAACCGUGAUGUCUGGGUAAAGCAGCCUGGAGACACCCCUGGAGACACCAAGUCGUAAUAAUAUUGUAAUAAUAUCAGAUGAUCUGGGAAAAACUGUUUUGCUCUGAAGAUCAAAGCCAGCCCUACCCAACCGUCCAGCAGUCCACUGCCAUGAGAGUCUCCUGUGCCAUGUGUAGGUGCACCCCAGGUUGCUGGGGUCUUCUGCUUGUGGGACAGGAAGGAAGAAGACUGGAGGAUUAUCCCUGCACCCCCAGUCCUCAUUCACUGCCUGCCUGAGAGUGCCCAGGCCUGGAGGCUCCUUGCAAAUGCUGAAGGCAGACUCUUGCCUCAUUUCCCCAAAAUGUGUCUUUGUUUUGCUCCUAAUCUCUGGCUGUGCCCCAUAGCUGCUUGCAAAGAGGAUCAGCCUAUAUGUCUCCUUUGCAGCUGGAUCAUGUUGGUGGGGCUAGAAGCUGCCUGGCCAAGGGAGUUUCAGCUGCACGUCCAUGGACCAUGUCCAUCCCUGCUGCCUGGCCCGUGUGGGGUGAGGUAGGGUAGGCAGAUGUCACCCCCUCUCCUAGGCUGUCACUGCUGGGGGGACCCAACCAAAAGCACAUGGUGUUUGCAAAGUCACACGGGGGCUGGUGUAACGGAGAUGCCUCACUGAAGAAGGGUGGACCUGACGGCCCUGGUGCUUCCCUCCAGCACGCAGCCGAGCCAGAGCCAAAUACUUGGCCUUCUCCACCCUCCUUUACUCUCCCCUGCCCCCUACAAGCAGCAACCCCUUUCACUUAGUGAUACAGGAAGGGUGGGCUAGCCAUGGCCCUAUUUUUGGGGUUGCAUGGAGCUGAGUGCCCUGUGCUGGGCUCCUUCUGCAAACCCCAUUUCCCUCUCGCUCUUCUUCCUGAGCCCUUUGCUUGUAGCUGUGAAAACCCUUGGUCUUGCACUUCCCAGGCUGCUGAGCCCACCCAGAAGGGAAGUGGGGUGCUGUCUCGAGGCCAGCUUUAGGGUGCCAUGGGCAGCACAUAAAAAAGUGCUCAAAUCCUUGUGCUGGAGCCAUUCAAUGGGCUAGGGCUGUGCCUUAAGCAACCAUUGUGGGUGUCCAAAUUCAGUGUGGGACUCUACUGCUGCUACUGGAUCUGAUCUUGCUUGCUGGGCUGUGGAAAGGACUUUGUUUCUCUGUGCCUUUUUUUUCUAAUAAAAGUUGCUCUUUCUAAGA